AUGUUUCCUUCCACUACUUACAGUUACAGCACUGGCCCUUACCCUUGCUUCCCUUCAUCUUCUUCUUCAUAUCCUCUUUUUCCUUUUCUCAACCCUGAGAACAAUGCUUCUUCUUCUUCUGCAACAACCGCCACUAACAACAACAACAAUAAUCUCCUUCAUGAUCCAUCGCUCUGCGUUCCUUACAUUCCAAUCCCUGAAGCACUAACCAAUUUGGCAACAGUUGUAGAUAACACUACUAAUCUUGCUGCAUCUUCAUCAAUGCCCAAACAACAGGACCUCAACGGUGGCGGCGGUGCUCAUCAUCACUUCGGCAUAUCCAGUUUGCUCGCGAAGAAACCGGCGGUGGCGAAGAAAGAUAGGCACAGCAAGAUUUACACCGCUCAGGGGCUGAGGGACCGAAGGGUGAGGCUGUCGAUCGAGAUCGCGCGCAAGUUCUUCGAUCUCCAAGACAUGCUAGGGUUUGAUAAGGCCAGCAACACGCUCGACUGGCUCUUCACCAAGUCCAAGAAAGCCAUUAAGGAGCUUGCCAGGAGCAAGAACCACAGCGCCAGUGACGAAGCCGAAGCCGGUGCCGGCGCCGGUGCCAAUAACAAGAGUUUCGCCUCGUCUUCUGACUGCGACGAAGAUGACUUUGAAGUACUUUCUAGAAACAACCACCACCGCCACCAACAAGGGUUAGUUCGGUCAGAUGCGAGGGAGAGGAAGCUGAAAAAUGCACAACAGAAAGAAGCAAGUGCUUGUAAUGUGAGGGCAAAGAUGAAGGAGUCAAGGGAGAAAGCAAGAGCAAGAGCAAGAGAAAGGACUAGUAACAAGAUGUGUAACAGCAUAAUGGGAAAUUCUUCUUCUUCUUCCGGGAAGGUUCUAGAAUUGAAGAAAAGAUGCCCUGCACCUAGUGAAAACCCUCACCACCUUGGUGGUGCUGAAGUUUCACAAACUAGAGAUGACUUCAACGUUAUUGAGGAAUCCAUUGUGAUCAAGAGGAAGUUGAAGCAGCCAUCUAUGAUGUCAUCCUCACAUCACCAUCACCAUCACCACCACCAAUUAAACCUUCCCAUCCCUAACAAUAAUAAGGAAGCAAGUUUCAACAACAACAGCGAUAAUUACCAUCCAGGAAACUACACCAAUUUGUCACCAAAUUGGGAUAAUGCUAAUGGACCAGCCUCAACGGCUAAUAACCGCUCCAACUUCUGUGCAAUAGCCAGCAUGAAUCUCUCUACAGGGCUACAAAUCUUUGGAAAGUCAUGGGAGGAAUGCACCAAUCCAUCACGUCUGCACUAG